UUUGAAAUCUCUGGUGUCAUGUUGAUGCACAUUGCAGAAGCAACACCUAAGACUAUAAUGAGAACGAUGGGAGUAAAAGGGCUCACCCUUUAUCACUUGAAAUCACAUCUUCAGAAAUACCGCUUGGGGAAGCAAUCUUUCAAGGAUUCAAUUGAAAACUCAAAGGAUGCUUCCUGCAUUGCAGAAAGUCAGGAUACUGGUUCAUCUUCGUCACCAUCAUCAAGAAUGAUGGCACAAGAUCUGAAUGAUGGUUUCCAAGUUACUGAGGCAUUGCGAGUACAAAUGGAAGUCCAACGAAGACUGCAUGAGCAGCUGGAGGUGCAGCGUCAUCUACAACUUCGGAUUGAAGCGCAAGGCAAAUACCUGCAGUCAAUACUUGAGAGGGCUUGCAAAGCUCUGAAUGACCAGGCUGCUGAAUCUGCUGGUCUUGAAGCUGCUAGGGAAGAGCUCUCUGAACUGGCAAUCAAGGUUUCCAAUGACUGUCAAGGACUGGCUUCCCUAGAGACCAUGAAAAUGCCCUUCUUGCCCGAAAUUGCUGCAGCUUUAGAGAACAAUAGCACUUCCAAUCUGCCAGCUCGCAUUGGCGACUGCUCUGUGGAAAGCUGCUUGACAUCAACUGGAAGCCCAGUUUCUCCAAUGGCAAUGGGUUUGCAGGCUGCUGCUUUGAAGAAGAGAUCAAGGCCCUUAUUUGGUAAUGGAGAUUCAUUGCCCUUGGAGGGUAACAUGCGGCACGAUAUAGAAUGGAUGAUGACUAAUAUUGGAUGAAUUGUAUGACAUUUCCUUAUUGAAAUGGAAACCUUUUUCUUUUCUUCUUUGUCCAGUAGAUCUUCAUGUUCCAGCCUUUAGUCAACUGUAUCUUCAGUGGUCUGUAUAUUCUUGAGGUAGAUCUUUUAAAUGUGGGAAAUGCCUUAUUUUAUAGCUGGGAAGUACCUUGCUUCACCUGUGACACUAGCAAAAUUAGUUUGCAAUUGACCGCAAUUGAUAUUUGUGCCACAUAGGUGAUGACUGAUCACUGAUGAGUA